AAUGAAAAGUUGUGGAUAGUUAGCGUAAUCGUGGAGUCUAGUGACAAAAAUGAAAUUUUGUUAAUAUUUCUUUCUCGAUUCAUCGAUUUGUUACGCUACGAUCGUACUUCAUUAGCUGUUUAACUAUUGUGUUUAGGUUUCAACAAUGCAACGACUGUUCCGGCCGGGACGCUCGGUCUUCCGCCAAGGGAAGGGCCCGGUAUUGGCCAGCUGCCGGGCGCAGCAGAAUGCGCCCUCUCUACAUCAGUGUGCAGUGUGCUAUUCGUCACGGCGGCCAGGCUUCCUGUCGCGAGUGAUUGAUAACAUCAAGCAGGAGAUGGACAAAAACAAAGAGAUGAAGGAGAAUCUGAAAAAGUUCCGCGAAGAGGCUCAAAAGCUGGAGGAAUCCGAAGCACUGAAGGCGGCCCGACAAAAGUUCAACACCGUCGAGUCGGAGACGUCAACAACGGUCAAGGACAACCUGGAGAAACUUCGGGGGAAAGUGUCCGAGGUGCUGGAUGAAGCUGCCAAGACAGAUAUCGCCCGCAAGGCGGGCAAAAUUGGCGAAGAGAUCGGUCGAACUGCUAAAGGGAUGGGUGAAACGAUAGCGGAGAAAGGUCAGGAACUGGGCAAGAGUGGGGCCUUCAAGGGGAUAUCGGAAGCGACGAAAGCGGUUCGGCAGGAGAUCGACAGUCAGGGUAUUUCGGCACGAGUUUACCGAGCGCCGGAGCGACUCCGGAAGAGAAUCGAAGUCAGUAUGGCCGAUUCGACGAGGGUUUUCGAAGCGAACACGGAAGCGUUUGGAGUCGAGCUGCAUAAAGAUAGUAAAUUCUAUGAGAGUUGGGAGAACUUCAAGAACAACAAUGCCUACGUGAAUAAGGUGCUCUCGUGGAAGAUAAAAUAUGACGAGUCGGAAAAUCCGAUGAUUCGAGCCUCACGACUCCUCACCGACAAGAUGACCGAUGUAAUGGGGAACCUUUUCUCCAAAACCGAACUCUCGGAAACGCUCACCGAGAUAUGCAAAAUCGAUCCGAACUUCGACCAGAAGCAGUUCCUACGCGAUUGCGAAAACGACAUCAUCCCCAACAUCCUGGAGGCGAUGAUUCGGGGCGACUUGGAGAUCCUCAAGGAUUGGUGCUUCGAGAGUACGUACAACAUCAUUGCCACGCCAAUCUCGCAGGCCCAGAAGGCGGGAUACUUUCUGGACUCGAAGAUUCUCGACAUCGAAAAUGUGGACCUGGCGAUGGGGAAGGUGAUGGAGCAGGGACCGGUGCUGAUUAUCACCUUCCAGACGCAGCAGAUUAUGUGCGUAAGGGACAGCAAAAACUCGGUGGUCGAGGGUGACCCGGAGAAGGUGAUGCGGUGUAAUUACGUGUGGGUUCUGUGCCGGGAUCCGACCGAUCUGAACCCGAAGUCGGCGUGGCGGUUGAUGGAGCUGCAGGGAAACAGCACGGAGCAGUUUGUGUAGAUAAGCGCGUUAUGAGAGAGAAUGAAGGCGAAGAGUUCAUUCCACGGACAGUUGUUCAUUGGUUUGGUCCGUGGAACUGGAACUCGCGGUCUCGUGUUCUGUGAGAGCCUCUUCAAUCCUGAAUUUUCGAAUCAUCUGCUCAGGAAAGGGAGGCUACGAAUGAUCGAGAAUGAAUGUACAUUAUGCUUAGUUUUAUUUGAUAAGUUUGUAGAGAUGCUCGCUAUAUUGAAUGUAUGCGGAAGAAAAGAAACCUCCAAGAGUAGCGUAGACUCAAUAAAUGAUAGCUACUC